GGAAAGUCCGGGCAGAGCCGGAGCAGCGGCGGGGCGAGCGGGUCCUUCUGCGCGGUGCGUCCGAACCCUUCCACCUAGCCGCGCGUCCCAACCGGAGCUCUCGCACUGCGCCACACCGCCCGUGCCCCCUGAGUCGCCGGACAUGAGCCAGGCCUGCUGGACCGGGAAGAGAACCGAUAUGCUGCCGGAGAUUGCCGCCGCGGUGGGCUUCCUCUCUAGCCUCCUGAGGACCCGAGGCUGCGUGAGCGAGCAAAGACUUAAGGUUUUCAGCGGGGCUCUCCAGGAGGCACUAACAGAGCACUACAAACACCACUGGUUUCCUGAAAAGCCGUCCAAGGGCUCUGGCUACCGCUGCAUCCGCAUCAACCACAAGAUGGACCCCAUUAUCAGCAAGGUGGCCAGCCAGAUUGGACUCAGCCAGCCCCAGCUGCACCAGCUGCUCCCCAGUGAGCUGACCCUGUGGGUGGACCCCUAUGAGGUGUCUUACCGCAUCGGGGAGGAUGGUUCCAUCUGUGUCCUGUACGAGGAGGCCCCGGUAGCCGCCUCCUAUGGGCUUCUCACCUGCAAGAACCAAAUGAUGCUGGGCAGGAGCAGCCCCUCGAAGAACUACGUGAUGGCGGUCUCCAGUUAGAUCCCCCUUGCCCCCACCUCGGCACUCUACUGUGCUCAUUCUGCUGUGACAACAGGCCGCUGCAUACCUCAACCUGGGGAACUGUAUUUUUAAAUGAAGAGCUAUUUAUAUAUGUAAUUUUUUUUUUUAAGAAAAGAGAAAAAAAACCAAAAGAUUUUUUUAAGAAAAAAGUCCUUAAAGGGAGCUGCUUCGAAGUGGCCUCCCCAGGUGCCUUUGGAGAGAACUGUCAUGCACUUGAGUCUGGGAGCCAGUGUGUGCCUAUGGGAGGGGGAAUGGUUGGGGGUGGGCCUGGCCCAAAUGAGAUGAGAGAAACUUGGCCAGCACCCCAAGAAGAUGAGAGAGAGAGUAACCAAGGUUAGCAACUGUGAAUGAGAAAGGUCAGGAUAUGCCUUGGUGCAGGAAGAGAGGCUCAGUUCAAACCUCUCCCUCUCCCAACCUGGACACCUGCAUCCCUGAGCCUGCUCUUACUCAGGAGCAUUCAAGCCUGGACUUAGCUAAUACUAUAUUGCCUAUUUUUCUUUUCUUUUUCUGAUGAGAUCCUGGGCAGAGAGUGAAAAGACCUCUCCUUAUUUCUUCUGUUCUAAGCAACUUUUCUUGAAACCAUGGCUUGUUUCUCCUUCUAACCUCAGGGGCCUGCAGAUGUUGCUCCCCAGCCAUCAGUCUAAAGCCUUUUGUUUUGGGGUUUGGGGGAGUAAGGCAGAGGUUGGAGUUCUUUUGGGGGUGGGAUGGAAGGGAACUUUGCUUUGCUAUAUGCUGCUCUGUGUGUAUGUGUGGCAAAUAAUUUGGGGGGUGAUUUGCAAUGCAAUUUUGGGAUCCAAAGAGUAUCCACUGGAGAUGUUUGUUGGCCAAAGCCCUUUUUGGAACCAUACAAAAGUCCUGAUGUUGCUGCUAUUAUCCCUUUGAGAGGUGACUCAAAAGCUACAGGGAACUUUAGGUCCUUUAUUACUGCCUUCUUUUCAAAAGCACAACACUUCUUACCUCCUCUAAGCCUUUCUUUUUCCUUUCCCCUUCUGGUUUGGUCAUGGAGCUACCCUCUUUUCUGGGAUGAGAGUUCUCAGUCAGUGUGCAAUAUGGCCUUCUGGAUCCCAGGAGAGUCUGGAGGAGAACUGGCUCUGAGAACCUCCUCCUGGUGCCCUGGUGGACUUUGGGAACCAUCUCUCUCACUAUCCUUGGGAUUACGGCUGGCUGAUCUGCCCUGCAUGUACUCUUUGGCUAAGUGGGAGAGUGCCCCAAAUUCUGCAGGACUCCCUGGUAUUCCUGUAGGGCUGACACUAAAAGCCAAACCUGGGGCAUUGUUUUAUCUACCUGGUGCUCAGAGCGCCUGUGAUAGAGGUUGCUGUCUUUCCCAGUACCAUCCCAAUUUUUCUGUAGACUUGUGCAAUAUUUACUGUUCUGGGUUGGAGAAAAAUGGUAAGUUACACUGGGAAGAAGUCCUCUUCCUGCAGUUUCUCAGUGAUGUCGAAGAGGGGUUCUCAGAAGGCCUUGAGUUUCCCAAACCUAAUCACCUUAAGAAGGAUGUAGCUAGAGCAUCCGGUCAACUUGACUAUCCUGCCGUUGGCCCUUAGUGAGGAAGCUUCCCCCCCUCACCUCCAGGCUCCCCUUCCCACUGCCAGGCCCCAUUCUUGGGUUUCUUUACCAAUUCUGACUCAAAAAGGUGCUAUUUACUAAACACUCUCCUUCCCCAUUCCUGCCAGUUAUGCCUCCUGUUCAACUCUCCAGAUUCUGUGAUGCCUUCCCAAACCCUGCUUCCAGUUUUUAUUGCUUUAAAGUUAAUUUCGGGCCCCCAGGUCUGAGAGCUCAUUUUCUGGCCUGUGGGUUGAAACAAAGCUGUGAAUCACUGCAGAUUGUGUUCUUGCCUCUUGUCUGCAAACAGGUCCCUGCUUUUUUAGAAGCAGUCUCACGGUCUCAUGCUUAAUCUUUUCUCUCUUCUCUUCUUUUUGAUGUUCACUUUAAAAACCCCAGAGCUGGACUGUUGAGCAGGCCUGUCUCUCCUAUUAAGUAAAAAUAAAUAAUGGUAGUGUGUUUGUAAGCUAUUCUGACAGAAAGGAAAAAGGUUACUAAUUGUAAAAUAGUGUUUUUAUAUGGAAGUAUGUACAGCUUUAUGGACAAGUGUACUUUUUUUUUGUUACUUUAAUAAAAAUGUAGCAGAUGAA